CCCUGUCACCCUCCUUGCCAAGAUGGGCUGUGCUCAUUCAAGCCUCCCCUCCCUUGCUGACUGCUCCAUGUGAACACCCCAGUGGAAUUGGUCUUUUUUUGGCAUCCUGGAAAAAUGAGCAUGGGUGCCUUGCUGUGGUCACGUUCCUAGAGAGGGAGUCCCUCUCUAGAGCUGGCAUUGAGCCACCUCUGCAAACCCCAUCCCUCCCAUCCCUUGUCCAGGCAUGCCAUUUUCCUGCUUCCUCAGUCAGAAUUUGAGCUUGCAGCUUGAUGAUACUUUUGUCUGGUUUGGAAGAGGGAGAAAGUACUGAAAAUAAGAAUUAGGGAAAGGGGACUUUGUUUCCCUCUUGCCAAGGCCCUUAAAGAAGUGAGACUCGUUGUUGGAUCGGAGUCAUGCCGCACUGGUGUUUCUCAUUAGGUUGCCCAUAAAGGCAAGGCCCCUGGGUGAUUUUAGGUCCUGAAAUCUUAUCAUCACGGGUUGUGUUAAAUCCCCUCUUCUAUGUUCCCGUCUCUCCAUUCCCCACCUUCUCUUUCCAGGCAAAGCAGAGGGCAGGCAGGAUACACAUUUAUGAAUGAGCUGACGGAUGUGUUCUACAGAAAACAUGGCCAGAUUUAUGAGGAAUCCAAGAUGAAUUUGGAGCAGGAGAGGCCGUUUGUCUGCAGUGCCCCUGGCUGCUCUCAGCGCUUCCCAACAGAGGACCAUCUGAUGAUUCAUAGGCACAAGCAUGAAAUGACUUUGAAGUUUCCCUCAAUAAAAACAGACACUAUGUUAUCAGAUCAGACUCCGACCCCAACAAGAUUCCUGAAGAACUGCGAGGAAGUGGGGCUCUUCAAUGAGCUGGACUGCUCCCUCGAACAUGAGUUCAGGAAGGCUCAGGAGGAGGAGAGCAGCAAGCGGAAUAUCUCGAUGCAUAACACAGUUGGUGGGGCCAUGGCGGGGCCCGGAACUCACCAGCUUGGCAGCACCAGAAUGCCCAACCAUGACACCAGCGUUGUGAUUCAGCAAGCCAUGCCGUCACCCCAGUCCAGCUCUGUCAUCACUCAGGCACCUUCCACCAACCGCCAGAUUGGGCCUGUCCCAGGCUCUCUAUCUUCUCUGCUACAUCUCCACAACAGACAGAGACAGCCCAUGCCAGCCUCCAUGCCUGGGACCCUGCCCAACCCUACGAUGCCGGGAUCUUCUGCAGUCCUGAUGCCAAUGGAGAGACAAAUGUCAGUGAACUCCAGCCUCUUGGGAAUGCAAGGUCCAAAUCUCAGCAACCCCUGUGCUUCUCCCCAGGUCCAGCCAAUGCAUUCAGAAGCCAAAAUGAGGUUGAAGGCCGCGUUGACUCAUCACCCUGCCGCCAUGUCAAAUGGGAAUAUGAACACCAUGGGACACAUGAUGGAAAUGAUGGGCUCCCGGCAGGACCAGACGCCACACCAUCACAUGCACUCACACCCGCAUCAGCACCAGACACUGCCAGCCCAUCACCCGUACCCACACCAGCACCAGCACCCAGCACACCAUCCUCACCCUCAGCCCCAUCACCAGCAGAACCACCCACAUCAUCACUCCCACUCCCACCUUCACGCGCACCCUGCACAUCACCAGACCUCGCCACACCCACCCCUGCACUCCGGCAACCAAGCACAGCAGGUCUCACCAGCGACGCAACAGAUGCAGCCAACCCAGACAAUACAGCCGCCCCAGCCCACAGGGGGGCGCCGGCGAAGGGUGGUGGACGAAGAUCCCGACGAGAGGCGGAGGAAAUUUCUGGAACGGAACCGGGCAGCUGCCACCCGCUGCAGACAGAAGAGGAAGGUCUGGGUGAUGUCACUGGAAAAGAAAGCAGAAGAACUCACCCAGACAAACAUGCAGCUUCAGAAUGAAGUGUCCAUGUUGAAAAAUGAGGUGGCACAGCUGAAACAGCUGUUGUUAACGCAUAAAGACUGUCCAAUAACAGCCAUGCAGAAAGAAUCCCAAGGAUAUCUAAGUCCGGAGAGCAGUCCUCCUGCCAGCCCCGUCCCAGCUUGCUCUCAGCAGCAGGUCAUCCAACAUAAUACCAUCACCACUUCCUCCGCAGUGAGCGAGGUGGUGGGAAGCUCCACCCUCAGUCAGCUUACCACUCACCGAACAGACCUGAAUCCCAUCCUUUAAAAUCCACUGGUGGGUCAGACCUUGCCUCCAAGAAGAGCUGUCGCAUAUCAUGCGUCCUUCUUUUAAGGGCAUUUUUAGAAUUAACUCAGACCUGGAAGACUCCUCAGCCCUUCAGAGACUGGCUUUCAUUUUUAUAGUUAUUAUGGAAAUGUUGUCUUUUAUACUUAGUUAUAUAAGAAAAAAAGGGAGUUAUGCAAUUAAUUAAUCUAUCAGCUUGGGAAAUGCUUUGGUGCUUUUCUCCAAUUUUCUGGUACCAGUUAACUUGUUUAUAAACUGAACUCUUUCUGUAUAUAGAAACGGUUUCAUUCUUAUCAGUCCAACCCUUUGCCUGAAACAUUGAAUCUUGUUAAACCGCAGCUUUUAGCCAAAAUGAGGCAUACCUAGAUGUCACGUAAACGGAUGCAAGGUAACUGGGUGGUGAGUCUGGCGACAUCAUAACACAUAUUGAAUUUGCGCUGUGAUGUCGCUAGAGUUCCAGAUAAACACAGAGCCUAUUCCAUAUUUUCUUCUCUUCCUAUAAAAAAUUAUAAGAUCCGUUGAUGUCCAAAUAAAACCACCGAGCAUCUCGCCACCUCUCUUCCUCUUCUUGGUCCACUUCCUCGAAUUAUCCUCUAAUUUCCUCCAAUCUUCCUUUCCAUUUCCACUUUUUCCUGGGCUCCCUGUGUACUCUUCAUUUUUACUUUCUGCUGACUUAUACCCCCCACCCUGCCCCUUAGCAUCGCAGGUAAAGAAGAAAGUAAUUCCUAAAGGGAAAAAAAAGCAAAUCUCAAAAAUAUGGAUCUAGCCAUCGCUUCCCUUGCCCAUGAUCCACAGCUGGAUUCAUUCAGCUCUUGCUUUUUACAAAAAUGGUAAGCAGGAGAUGUUUAACGCGCCUGAUUUAAUGCUUUUAAUAAUCAGAGCAAAUAAAAGGUGGCUUAGCCAUAGGUGAAGCACUGUUGAAUGCCAGCUGUGGAGACACCAGGGAAGGGAGCCUUAUAAGCCUCGAUUGUGAAGGUCCAAAUUAUGAUGCGGGCUAUAACAUCACACCCUCAAAUUACAACUGGUUUUAUAUGGCCUGUCUAUAAGGUUGAAAAUCCAUAUACUAUAUAAUAAUUCAGAAGGGCUCUCUAUUCACUACACAGAUCACAUUGUUCCAUCAUCAGCUGCUAAUAGACUAAGAUUUAUUACUAUUUUUUUUCUUAAGCCUAUGGAACUGCCUUUGCCGUUAUGGUGGGUGAAAGUGGACACACCACUGGAGGAACAAAGAAAGAAAGAAAACCUAACGUUUCCAGAGGGGUGCUUUCAGCCCUCCCAGAACAGCCAAAGCCUUCUUUGGCUGCUGAAAAAAUCCCAUGGAUGUGGCUUCUCCACUCUUCUGAAUAAUUCUGAUUUAUAUUUUCAGCAACUUUCAUCGACUUGCCCAUUUUAGAAAGCAGAGAGUCCCAAACCACGGUUGUGCCUCCUUGAAACAAGCCAUUCGACUGUGCUAAUGUUUUAAUAUCACAUCUCACAAGUAACGGGGCUAAUGUUUUCCUCCAGCAGUCUAGACAGGUGCUGGUGUUUCAUCUCCAUUUGAAUGCUUGAUUGACCUCCUAACACAGUGUGUGUGUGUAUGUGUGUGUGUUCGCGCACGCGCGCGUUCAUGGGAUUUAGAAUAAUAGUAUUUUACAAAAGGUGUAGCUUUUAUAAGAGUUCAGAAAAGGGAAAGAUGUGUGUGGGUGUGUGUCUAUUUGUUUAUCUCUCUAUAGCAUAAGAAUCUAUUUUGGAGAAAAAAGACAAUACGAGGGUCGUGAAGCAUGAUUUUUAUAACUAGUUUCAGUUUUAUCUAAUAACUUGCUUUUUAAAUCAGUAUUUAUCAACAAUUUUUUUUAUGUAUGCAGUGCUUUCAAAAGAAAGUUUCGAGUGUCCAGGGAAACUCAUGACUGGAUAUGUGGUCUAAACAUCAACACAAAAGCAAAAACAAAACAGGAAAACAAACCCACACACACACACGCAAAAAAAAAAAACCCAAAAAACAAAACAAAACAAAACAAAAAAAAAACAAAAAAGAAAAAAAAAGAGAGAAAAAAAGAAAAAUGCAAAUGAAAAGAAUUUUCUAUUAUAUUUUAGACAAACAUAUCUUUUUUUAAGUAUUUUAAAUACUGAAUUCAUAGUUAUUUUGUUUUGCAUCCCAGCAGUAACAGCUAAAUGGUUGAACCUAACUGGCUUCCUAAGAAAUAUUUAAGGUAUAUCUGUAUACUGAUAUUAAGUUUAAUUUUUUCAAAACUCCUUUCUAGGACCAUGUAUGUGUCUCUCUAAAAAAGAUGAAAAGCUCAUUGAACUGUUUGCUCGGGUUUUAAAUUUUUACAUCUUUAUUUUAUUUUUUGCUUUAAGUAAACAAAAACUUUUCUUUCUUUCCUGCAUGCAUAGCACUUAAUCAAAUGGAUUUUUUAAAAAAUCCACUGGUAAUAUCAGAAUGUCCAGGGAGUGGGCUGUCACUAAAAUUAUGGUUUACUUUACUUCUGUUCCACCUCUUGAUUGAAUAUUUAGUUGUUAAACUGAAAGCCUCUGUAGUGAAGAACUUGCCUGAGUUUUCUUAAUUCAGCAACUUGACAGUUUGACUGAUGUGCAUUAUAUAGAGCUCAAUUAUGUCUGUUUUUUAUGCUAAGUAGGCAGACCAACCACACACACACACACACACACACACACACACGUUAGCAAACGGCCCUCAAUGUAUAAUUAGAAUAAACUGUCUUCUUGUUAUACUUAGAGCUUUUAGGUAUAUUCAUUAGCAGUGUGGAAAUACAGUAAAAUGGAAGACGCCAGCUCAUUGUCAGAGCAUCUUGAAACCCUGAACAGAAAGGCUCAUUGGUCAAAUCCAACACUCGGCUUAUCAGUAUUAAGUACUUCACUGGAAGGUCCAGCCUUCACCAGCCUGCCUGAAAAUCCCUCCGUGCCCUACAUUUUUUUGCCAAUCUGGGAAAACAUCUUUUUUCUGCCCCAUUCUCCUCUCCCACUCAAUUAAUGGGUCAUCCACCUAGAUCUUCAUGAAUCCAUUGUAAUGACCUUCGGAGCACACCCAUCCUGAGGAGGGAAGGCCCCUGCAACCCCUGCAACACUGCCCCUCCUCAUUAAUGCAUGGUUUUUUUUUUUUUUUUUUAAUUGGCAGCAUCUGCCUUUCAAGUCACUGCCAGCCUACCUGGAAAUUUCUACAUCGCUUUCCCCUCACCGUAUGUGAUGGGACUUGACAGCUUAGAUAAGUAGACCUGAUGGCAUUUUCCCACCAGGCGAUCCUAAAUUGAGGCGUCCACUUCGUAAUUAUUCCUCCUUAGGACAUUUCCUAACAUUUGAUGCCAGGACAGGUAGAGAGAAAUCCUAGCCGGAUGAUCGUCCUCAUGUUAAAGCCUGUGUGAAGCUGAUUUUUGUCCCUUUCCACCCCCACUCAUCCCUCUCCUACCUCCACGUCAGUGUGAGUGAGUCCCAGUGUUCACGCGGCCUGUGGGAGAUGGCAAUUUGUGUGGUGUCGUUGCAUGAACUGUGAUAAUUAGGGUGACUUACUUGGGGCAAAAGCCCUUUGGAGCCCAUCCGGACAAAGAAAUCAAAUACAGCGCAUGUUCUGAAUAGAGGGGCACCGAUGGUGGAUGUUCAGGUGGUUUUGUUGCCUGUUAGUAAAUUCUAGUGUGUCAGUUGAGUUUGCCAUUAAAAUCUGAAGCCAGCUGCGGUGAAAGACCAGCCUUGGGCUGGGGUGUUGUAAGCAUCAGUAACUGCUAUAAAACUAGCCAUCCAGUUAGGAUAGAAUGUGCUUCUUUCUGGUUAAUAAAAACCAUCUAAGAAAAUAUAUAUGUAUGUAUGUGUGUAUACAGUGGAAUUCAAGGACCAAAGCAAAAAUUUGAACAGGAAUCUAUUAAUUUAGAAUUUUAUAAGAUAUUUAUUAAUAAAUGUUAUUUUAAAACAUUCCAUUUGAACAGUAUUCUUCUGUAGGAUCUACUUGUUUUUAAAGUAUUAGUUCAUAAUAAACUACUCUAGUUGUGUAUAUCUUCAUUUUUCAGGGUUUCAAAUGGCUAUUCUCCAUCAUUUGGUGGAAGUGUUUUGCCUAGAUCUCUGUGCAUAGAAAUUUCAAGGAUUUUUUAUUGCUCUGUGAGUUAUUUUUUAAUCUGUGUUCUGAACAGUUUUUUAAAAACUUUUAUUUCUUCUUCUUCUUUUUUUAAUUUUUAAAAAGUAAGCUCUUUUCCCUUAGGAAGCAGAGUUCAGCUAAAGGGAAUCGGUAACUAUAACUGGAACAGCUUUCUUGUCCAAGUGUAGAAACAACUUCAUCUCUGCUUCUCCCUGCCCCACCCCAAUUUCCUAGAAUGCCUUGCACUAUUCAGCUUCCUUAGUGCUCGUUUUGUCCGUCCCAAACAAUGUGCAGUAGCUUGAAGCCAUUCAAGUUCCAUUAUGCAGCAUAUCUGAGAAGGAAAAGGAAACAACCCAUUUAAAUUUGAAUAAAACUGUGCCUCUGUGAACAGUAGCAAUGUAGAGUCUCUCUUCUGCUUUUAAAAUAAUUUAUAUUUUAAAAUUGCACUUUAGCUUUUUCGACCCCUUUCUGUUUCUCCUGUUCUCUCUCAAAAGUCCCUCCCUGUCCUCAAACUUGCCUCCUGCUCUCCUCUUUCCACCUCCCCACCCUCCCUCUAAGGCUCUGAGCUGCAUCAUUUACAAAUACUUUACAGAAUAUUUGCACCAGGUACAUGUGCGUGUGUUCCUUAGUAUCCUAGCAAAGCCAUGUUCCUCACAUCAGCCUAGAUUAAGCCUGCUACGAGAAUACCAAGGAGAAGAGCCAGUUUGUACUCUUUAGCCCUUUAUUCAUAGCAUGUUUUUUUUUUUAAUGUUAUAUUAUGCAACAGAUGUGAGGCAGCAGCUAAGCUACACUUAAGAGUUUUCUAUCUCAUCCUCCAAACCAAAGUGUCCUGAAUGAGCCAGGAGACUUACUCUUUUGUGCACCAUGGUGCAUGUGGACUGGUGUCCCAGCCGUCGUCUCUCUGAGGCUGCUGAAGUAACAGUGGCCCCGUCUAUUUCAUUCCUAGGUCUCAAAAAUACAAUGUUGCCUUGUGACAUAAUUAGGGACAGCACCUCUCUUUUACAGUGAUAAUCUGAGAAAGGACAAGAAGGCACUGAAGCAAUAAACCUACUCGUAAAAUUCAAUACCAAAACAAAGAAAUGAAAAACAGAAAACAAAACAAAAACCCUAGCUCAUCAUGUUGUGAAAAAUGAAAAAGUGUAUGUCCACUCAAAAUAUUUUACUAUUUCUUGGGGAGUUUUUCAGUGAUGUAAUGCUUAUAGCCAAAUUGCUUAAAGAGUGUUUAUAUAUUUUUUUCCUUAUAAAUUGUCUAUUUUUUAAAAAAAAAGAAACUAUUUACCACAAGUUGAAGAGGGGGGUAAGGCCAAAUUGCCAGCAUUUGUUAAAAGAUUAAUAUUCUUAAGUAGCACUCUGAUACAUUUCCAAGCUUAUCAUCAGAGGGGAAUCAGUAACGAUCCGCUAUUGUAUUUCGACCAACUUCUAAUAUGUAGCUCAUUAGAAGCCAGGAUUUAGAAAGCUCUUCUUAAGCCAUUUAGGAUUUCUUACAUUGAGUUUCAUAUUAUAGAACUUUCUAGGAUUAAAAAAAAAAAACAGAAUCAUUUUAGCCUCAGGACUGAGAAUGUGGAACCUGAAUAAAUUAGCUUUAAGUAUAUCAUUAAAAUCUUAUGCACAAUAAGCUCAUUAGAUUCUAGUUGGCUCCUUUAGAAUACCAAUGCCAUAGGCCGGAGAUAAUGGAAGUUAUCAGCAGUGCUGCAGUGGAGGGGGUUUCAGAGAAGGGACCCUUCCCAACCAGCCAGCCAGUAGAAGAGGAGACCUACUCACCCUCUUUCCUUCUAUGUUCUGCUAAAUCACACCUGCCUCAUAGAGAGAGGAGUUCUGCCUUUGAGGUUUGUCUUAGAGAAAUGAUAAGCUUGAAAUGUUCUCCCUGGCGGGGACAUGGGGUUUGGGAUCUUCUGAAAAGGCCCAGAAAAAUGGCUCCGUUCAAACACAGUGUUCUAGGACAAUUGGAAUAUAAAUAUUGUCCAAAAAUAGAACCUAAAAAGUUUAGCACUGUACAAAGUAAGUGCUAACUAAGGAAGUCCCAAAAAAAGGUGCUGUCACUUUAAGUUCUGGACUGGGGGGGUUGUUUGUAAUUGUAAACAGCAAAGCAUUUAUGUUUGUCUGUCUAUUUGUAAAGCAACCACCUUCCUUACUGGAAGGAGAAAAAAAAAUUGGGGGUACAUGUAAAUACUUGCUGCAGCAUUUAAUAUGUUCAAUUUUAUGUUAAGCUUUUUGUUGCAUCGUGAACACAUUUAUUGUUACCAAUGGACAAUGAGUUCAUUAAGACUGUUCAACGAGGUCAGAUUUUUACAUCUCUUUCGAGCAAGAAGAGACAAGAUUUUGUGCAUUUGUACAAAUGUUAAUAAUAUCACUGCAAUUCCAAUAUAAUAAAGCACUCAAAUGCAAAUAA